AAUCUGUCAGUGCAAAGUGACUGUCUUUCAGUUUCAACUUUCAGAAACAUUUACUAUUUUUAGUUUUUUAUUAGUUUUCCCACGUUUUAGAUUAAGAUUUAUUCAGUUAUUUUUAUAGAAGUGCUAGCCAAUUGUUUAAGAAUAAACUGUGCAUACCUGUGAACCUCAACGAUGGGUCGGAAAGUGCCACCCAAGCAGAACUCUAAAAAGCGAAACUCAAAGGAGGGUAACAAAUUUGUCCAGCAGAAAAGGAGAGAACUAUCGAUAUUGGUGGAUAAACUGCUCAAAUUAACCACUAUAUUCCAAGCUACACAGUAUAGUACAGUCUCUAAAAGUUGGGAGCAUCAUUUACAAAUAGAAGCGAUUAUCAAAGAAAUAGUUAACAUUGAGACUUGUACGACGAAAGUUGCACAAAGUCAUAGGAAAUUAAAUUUAGAACAGUAUGUCAACUGGUUGCAAGAGCACGGCGCAAAAUUUGAAGGUGUGGAGAUCAGUGAAUUUGAUGGCUAUGAACUUGGACUGAAAGCUACCAAAGAUUUUGCAGAAGGCUCACUAUUACUUACUGUACCUACUAAGGUGAUGAUGACCGAGAAGAAUGCAGCAGAGUCUGACCUGGGGCCCUUUAUUGAUGUAGAUCCUCUGCUGCAGAACAUGCCAAAUAUAACGUUAGCUUUAUUUUUAUUAUUGGAAAAAAGUAGAUCAGAUUCCUUUUGGAAGCCAUAUAUUGAUGUCCUACCAGAAUCGUACUCUACAGUUCUUUAUUUUACAUCUGAUGAACUACAAGAACUUCGGCCUUCACCUGCAUUGGAGACUUCUUUGAGCCUGUAUAGAAAUAUUGCAAGACAGUAUGCCUACUUUUAUAACAAAAUACACACAUUGGAUAUACCAGUUCUCAAAAAUUUACAAGAUAUAUUCACAUUUGAUACUUACAGAUGGGCUGUAUCGACAGUAAUGACAAGGCAGAACAACAUUCAGUUGUCCGGAGCUUCCACCACGGCGUUCAUACCUCUAUGGGAUAUGUGCAAUCAUACACACGGAAGGAUAACGACAGACUACAACGAGGAGCUGAACCGAGGCGAGUGUUACGCGCUGCGUGACUUCAAGCCGGGCGAGCAAAUCUUCAUAUUCUACGGAGCGAGACCUAACUGCGACCUGUUCCUGCAUAAUGGUUUCGUGUACCCCGACAAUCAACACGACAGCCUGUCGCUAGCUCUGGGCGUGAGUACGGGCGAUGCUCUGCGAGAACCGAAACUGUCGCUUCUCACUAAGCUGGGGCUAGUGGGCGUCACCCAUUACAACUUGUACAAAGGCGCCAAUCCGAUCGGCGCAGAGUUGCUGGCGUUUAUCAGGAUAUUUAAUAUGAAUCAAGAGGAAUUAACAAAAUGGUCGAGCCAUGCGAUCCCCAGUGACCUGGUCUCGUCAGACGAGGGCAGUGCUUCAGUAGUAGGAAUUGCCAUAGAUCGCCGCGCUUAUACAUAUCUCAUGACGCGAUGUGGACUGAUCAAGGCGUCAUAUAAAAAGAGCGAUGGGGAACCUGACACAUUGCACAGGAAAAAUAUAAAUAUGUUAAAGGAAUGCGAAGUACAAAUAUUGGACAAUGCCAUACAGUACUUAAGGAAUGUUUUAGAAAAACUUCCCACCGCCGAAGCGUAAACAUAAAACGAAUUUAAUAGCUAUAAUGAUUUCCGACCUUAUUGCAUUUAAUAAUAAGGUUCAUUUUCAAGGUAUGACCUUUAUAUAAAUAUUUUACAUGAAAUAUGAACAAAUCAUGACAGUAUUGAACUAUUUUUACACCAUGUUUUUUACAUAAAUAUUUUGUUUGUUA